UUCUAGCCUUUUCCUAACCUUGACGACAGCGAUGGCGAAAUUAUCGGCUACAUUGCUGUGGGCAACGACACUAUGGCUUUUUGCUACUUUGGCUUCACCUGCUUCUGCAGGCCGCAAUGACAAACCCAACAUCAUUUUUAUCUUCACCGAUGAUCAAGACGCAAGAAUGGACUCGCUAGAUUAUAUGCCAAACGUUCAGCAAUAUCUGGUCGAACAGGGAACUCUUUACCGAAACCAUUACGCGACCUCCGCCUUGUGCUGCCCCAGCCGUGUUAGCUUAUUACGUGGCCAAUAUGCCCACAAUACGAAUAUAACUGAUAUCGCUGUGCCUUAUGGGGGCUACGAUCGGUAUGCCGAGCUCAAGCUCGGAGAAGAUUACUUGCCAAUUUGGAUGCAAAAGGCCGGAUACUCGACUCACUACAUCGGAAAACUUAUGAACAAGUACAACGUCAACAACUACAAUAAGCCGAUUCCUGCUGGUUUCGAUUAUCAAGAUCAAUUGGUUGACCCCUACACCUAUGUGUUUAAUACGGCUGUUUUCUCUAAAGAUGGAGCUGCCCCCGUAUACUACAACAACACGUACCAGACAGAUGUUAUCCAUGCCAAGGCUUUGAAUACACUCAAAAAGCAGCGAAAUGCUGACAAGCCAUUCUUUUUGUGGUUGGCACCCAUCGCGCCUCACGGCCAGUUCAUCAAGGAAGGCGGCGACGGCCUCGAUAACACUCGAACAGCCCCUCCUAUGCCAGCCGCCAGACACGCCCAUUUGUUCCAAGAUGUUAAAAUCCCUCGUAAUCCGAAUUUUAACCCAGUGAAUCAGACAAAAACCGCAUCUUAUUGGAAAGAUUUUGCAUACCUCAACGAGACCGAGGUAGAGACUCUUGACGAAACACAUCGCAAACGCCUUCAAUCUCUUCAAGCCGUAGAUGAAAUGAUCCCUAGUCUGAUCGAGGAACUGAAGCGUCAACGCAAGCUCGAUAACACUUAUAUUAUCUUCAGCUCGGAUAACGGCUUCCAUCUGGGCCAGCACCGAGCUAUUCCUGGAAAAGCCACCGAUAUCGAAGAAGACAUCAACGUCCCUCUCGUUGUUCGAGGCCCAGGCGUUCGCAAAGGCCAUGUCAGCGAUAUUGUAAGUGCACAUCAUGAUCUCGCCCCUACAUUCAUGGCACUGGCCAAAGGUGACGAGCAUGUACCAUCCUGGGUUGAUGGUGGCGUUAUCCCUUGGAUUCCCAGAUUACGAAAGCACCCUAAGCCUGUAACACCCGAAACUUUCGCAGUCGAAUUUUGGAUGGACAAGUUAAUUAUUGAGAAUACGGGUCCUACUACCAUGGAUGGUUGGAAUACAUACAAGACUCUGCGCGUAAUUUCAGAUAGAUAUAACUACAAAUAUGCCGUAUGGUGCACCGGAGAAAGGGAGCUCUAUGAUAUGAAGCAAGAUCCCUACGAGACCAACAACCUUUACAAGUCGAAUAAUGUUAAUACCAAGCUUGUCAAUCGUCUUGAUGCUUUGCUCUCUGUUCUCAAAGCAUGUCGAGCUCACACUUGCCGUAACCCAUGGCCUGUAAUCCAUUCGAAUAACACCCAUGUACAAACAUUGCAGGAUGCUUUAGAUGAAAAGUACGACGCCCAUUAUGAAAGCAUCGCAAAGUUCAGUUUCACCAACUGCCUUGCAUAUUACUCAGUCGCAAAUGAGCAGCAUCCAUUUGAUACUGCCCCAUUGGACGAAUCUGGUGCCGCACUCGCAAAGCGACAACUGUAUGUAGACGCUAAGGGUUGUCAAGCACGUUACGACGAAGUUCCCGACAAGGAAGUUACCCGGUUAUUUAACCUGGUUCCACGAUCUGACGAUUCCGUUGGUCAUACCAUUCCUACAAAUGAAGAGCUAGAGAAGAAUGCUCAUCCCGUGCCUGAAGAGUUAGUUAAGCGAGAAAUCGACUGGGUCAAAUAUGGAUUUUACAAUAGAUUUGGAAAUUAGCAGGAUUGUAAGAUAGUAAAUGAUAAUAUUUAAUAAGUAAAUAAUACGUACAUAACUUCAAAU